UUUUUUUUUUUCUUUUUCAUUUGAAUUCUUCUAUAAAUUAGUACGCAAGUUUAUAACCAGGCAACAGAGAGAUUAAAUGAAAGAAAGCAAGAAUGGAGAAGACCUGGUUUUGUUUCAUCAUCUUCUGUAUUGAUCUCCUCCUAUGUGAAGCUUCUUCAUAUGUGCGACCACCACCUCGCCCUAUUAUCCAUACACAACACAGGCAUAGUGAGUCGCAUCCUCAACAGGUGCAUGUUUCUCUGGCAGGAAAAGAUGGUGCAAGAAUAUCGUGGGUGACUGAGUCAUCUCAUGUGGCUUCAAUGGUUGAGUACGGGACAUCAGCAGGCAAAUAUGUUAAUUCAGCAAAGGGAGACACCACAUCCUACCACUACUUCUUCUAUUCCUCACCCAAGAUCCACCACGUCAAAAUCGGACCGUUGGAUCCAGACACCAUUUACUACUAUCGUUGUGGUGGUACCGGCCCUGAAUUCACUUUCAAGACACCACCACCUGCUUUCCCUGUCGUCUUCGCCGUUGCAGGUGACCUGGGACAAACGGAAUGGACCUCAUCAACACUAGAACACGUGAAGCGAACAGACUACGAUGUCUUGCUCCUACCAGGCGACCUCUCCUAUGCAGAUGGCCAACAACCGCUUUGGGAUUCAUUCGGCCGCUUUGUCGAGCCACUCGCGAGCUCCCGACCCUGGAUGGUUACCCAGGGCAACCACGAGAUCGAAUCCAUUCCUAUCCCUUUCCUCAACCUCCAGGCCUUCAAGGCCUACAACUCAAGAUGGCUCAUGCCAUUUCAAGAGAGUGGCUCCAACUCCAAUUUGUACUACUCAUUUGAAGUCUCAGGUGUUCAUGUUCUUAUGUUGGGUUCUUACACUGACUUCAAUCAAGGAUCAGCUCAGUAUCAAUGGCUUCGAUCUGAUUUGGCUAAGGUUGAUAGGAAGAGGACGCCAUGGCUCAUUGCAUUGAUUCAUGCUCCAUGGUAUAGUACAAAUGUGGCCCAUCAAGGGGAAGGGGAGAGCAUGAGGAAAGCCAUGGAGAGUUUGCUCUUUGAAGCAAGGGUUGAUGUGGUCUUUGCAGGGCACGUCCACUCGUACGAGCGUUUUACGAGGGUCAGCAACAAUGAGGCUAAUCCUUGUGGUCCUGUACAUAUUACAAUUGGGGACGGAGGCAACCGCGAGGGGCUUGCUUUGAGCUUCAAGAAGCCUGUUUCUUCUCUCUCGAUGUUUCGUGAAGCAAGCUUUGGGCACGGGAUGCUCACCAUGUUCAACAACACCGAUGCCCAAUGGACUUGGCAUAGGAACAACGAGUCAGAAGCCGUUGUGGCCGAUCAAGUUUGGCUCGAGAGUCUCAGCUCGACCUGCGCUUGUGGACUCCAGCAACCGAGUCCUUCGAUUCAAGAAGGCACUUCCCAUGACGAGUUUUAGAAACGAAUGGGCACCGAUUUCAGAAUUGUGGCCAAAAUGGUCGUUGACCUUUUUUAGGAAUUGACAUAGUUAGCCUUGUGUUUUAAUUGGAGGGGCGGUUUGUAUAAAGGCAAUGCUCUAAAACAAUCAAAGUAAAGCACACCUUUAACUAGUAUCGAGAAA